AACUCGCUACCCAAGAACCAACUGGAAACAGCUCAAUGGUGGAUGGCUGUUCUCACUGUGUUGACACUAUUGGUGCAGUGAUGAGCCCGUUUUACUCAAUUUCACACCUUUUUUUGUGCAUUUUCAUGGACAGGGUUUUCCUUUAAUUCAUGUGACAGAGCACCUAGCGUGGAUUGUAGUUAUGAUGGGUCUCACAAACACUGGAUAAAGUUGAUUCAAGAAAAGCACCAUGAGUUCUGCAAGACGGAAAUAAAUAAAGAUGUGCUUACAAAGGAUGCGUCUUUGCAAUAUCUAAGAGAGGGAAAUGGACAUACUAUGAGAGGAUGUAUUGGAGAACAGCACUUGUGAUCUUGGCCUUUCUUACUCAUGCCAUUACAGAAAUGCGAGUGACUGGUCAAACGUUGGAUGUGUGUGCCACCUGUCACCCUAACGCCACCUGUGAGGAGAAGGUGGAUGGUACCGGCAAAGCCUGUAACUGCAUGUACGGCUUUGUUGGUAAUGGAAGAACUUAUUGUCAAGACAAAAAUGAAUGUCAGAUAGGAGCCAAUAAGAUCUGUGGGCAGCAUACUGCCUGCCAUAACACCUAUGGAAGCUUCUACUGCACCUGCCUGGCAGGAUACAGCCCUUCCAACAACAUGGCCAUCUUCAUCCCCAAUGAUGGAACCCGCUGUCAGGACAUUAAUGAGUGUAGAGUCCAAGGGAUCUGUGGUGAGGGGGGUAAGUGCACAAACAUGCAGGGGUAUUUUAACUGCCUCUGCCAAGUGGGAUACCAGGUUCACAAUGGAGCAGAGCCAUUCCACCCACACCAGGACAAGGCCUUUUGCAAAGCCAUUGAUUGUGGGCAGCCUCCCUCGGCUCUGAAUGCAGUCCAGCUGUCAGCCACAGGAACACAUUACGGCAGCGUCGCUAAAUUUGGCUGCUCUGAGGGAUUCUUCUGGAAAAGCGGGGAGAACUCCUCCAUUUGUGGGGCAGAAAGUGUGUGGAAGGGCCCAAGUCUUGUUUGUGAAGAGGUUGACUGUGGCUUGCCCCCUGCCCUCCCUCACUCAGUAAUGUUGUGGGAUCAGAGCACCAGGAUAGGCUCUGAGGUGGUUUAUCAGUGUAACUCUGGAUAUUACAAUGUGGGAGAGGGAAAUGUAUCAGUAUGCACUGCCAAUGGACAGUGGGACAAGUCAGCUUUGCUAUGUGCAGAGAUAACGUGUGGUGAUCCCCCUAUACUGCCCCACACUGGGCAGGUGUGGAAUGGCAGCACAAACCCUGGCAGCACUGUGCUGUUUUACUGUAAAGGAGGGUUUUAUAGAGAGGGAGGGGGGAAUAUUUCCCAAUGCACUAGAGAUGGUUACUGGACAAAGGCAACGUUGUCAUGUAAAGAGGUUGACUGUAGUUCUCCCCCUGCCCUCCCUCACUCAGUAAUGUUGUGGGAUCAGAGCACCAGGAUAGGCUCUGAGGUGGUUUAUCAGUGUAACUCUGGAUAUUACAAUGUGGGAGAGGGAAAUGUAUCAGUAUGCACUGCCAAUGGACAGUGGGACCAGACAUCUUUUAUAUGUGAAGAGAUAACGUGUGGUGAACCCCCUAUACUGCCCCACACUGGACAGGUGUGGAAUGGCAGCACAAACCCUGGCAGCACUGUGCUGUUUUACUGUAAAGAGGGAUUUCAUAGAGAGGGAGGAGGUAAUAUUUCCUACUGUACAGAAAAUGGUUUCUGGACAAAGGCAACAUUAUCAUGCAAAGAAAUAAUGUGUGGCGGUCCCCCUAUGCUGCCCCACACUGGACAGGUGUGGAAUGGCAGCACAAACCCUGGCAGCACUGUUCUGUUUUACUGUAAAGAGGGAUUUCAUAGAGAGCGAGGGGGGGAUAUUUCCCAAUGCACUAAAGACGGUAACUGGACAAAGGCAACAUUGUCAUGUAAAGCCAUUGAUUGUGGGCAGCCUCCCUCGGCUCUGAAUGCAGUCCAGCUGUCAGCCACAGGAACACAUUACGGCAGCGUCGCUAAAUUUGGCUGCUCUGAGGGAUUCUUCUGGAAAAGCGGGGAGAACUCCUCCAUUUGUGGGGCAGAAAGUGUGUGGAAGGGCCCAAGUCUUGUUUGUGAAGAGGUUGACUGUGGCUUGCCCCCUGCCCUCCCUCACUCAGUAAUGUUGUGGGAUCAGAGCACCAGGAUAGGCUCUGAGGUGGUUUAUCAGUGUAACUCUGGAUAUUACAAUGUGGGAGAGGGAAAUGUAUCAAUAUGCACUGCCAAUGGACAGUGGGACCAUACAUAUUUUCUAUGUGAAGAGAUUGACUGUGGGGAGCCAGUAUUUAUAUCCCAUGCUAAGACGCUAUGGGACCAGACAUCGUUGAUUGGUAGUGUGGUUUAUUACCAAUGUGUUGAAGGAUAUUACUCUACGAGUGGGAAAUGUUACACUGAGUGUGGAGAGAAUGGACUUUGGGAAGAUAUAGAAAUUCAAUGUGAAGAGUUAAACUGUGGGGCUCCACUAACCCUUCCCCAUACUAACAUGCUGUGGGACAAUACAACUGUCCUGGGCAGUGUGAUUGAGUAUGUAUGUAAGGAUGGAUUUUACCAGGAGGGAGGAAAUAGUCUCUCAACAUGUAUAUCAUCAGGACAGUGGGGAAUUGUUUCAAUAAUAUGCAAAGCUACAUGUGGACCGGCCCCUGCUCUGGCCAACACAGAGGUGGUGCUGCAGAACACAAGUGUUGUGUUCCAUCGUUGUCUGGAAGGAUUCCACAGCUGGAGAGGAAGAAACACCUCUGUUUGUGACAUCACUGGGAAGUGGCAAGCUGCCACAAUGCGAUGCAGAAAAAUCAAGCCUGCCAUCAGCGACUUGGUUGUCUUUCAUGAAAAAUGUUUGCGUUGGAAAGCAGACAAGUAUGAAGAAGACACAGAGAAUUACAGAGUAGUAUUUGUGGGAUUCAGGGCCUAUCAAAGGUCAUUCCAUGACAAGAGGAAGAAGCUCCUCAGCUCCACUUCAGACCACCCUGAGAUCUGCCUGAACCUGCUGCCUGUUACCAACUACACCAUCAGCAUCACUGCACUGUCUGCCAGGUUCACCUCCACACUCACAACAAACACCAGCCUACAAGUGCCUCAAGCCCCAGAGAUUUUAUACAGAGAAAUUGAGGCUCCAUUGCCCACUUUGUGGCUACGCAGAUCAGCUAACACUCUGGACCCAAUUAGUUUCUACCAGGUGUUUGUGUUGCCACUGGAGGGGACUCUUGUGUUUGACUGCAGCUCUCUUAACACCCCAGACUUCUCCAGUCAGAGGAAGCCCCAUGGACAGUACAUCACUGCCCAGCUCCAUCUGAGGGAUAUAGGGAAAGAGAUGAACCUGACUUUGGGCGAUGGGCACUACUAUGGAGGGUUCUACAAUGCUCCUUUACAGAACGGCAGAGACUAUUACAUCAUAUUACGAGCUGUCAGUCAAUGGGGAGGGGCUUUCAAGCACUCUUGUGUUAUUUGGGCAAAAGUGAGAGAUAUAUCCUACAUAAUGAAGGUUUCAUCGCUUUUUGCUGGGGGAUCAAUUGGAGUCUUUGCUUUGGCCAUUUUUCUGGGACACUGUUACACCUGGUUUUGUAAGAAGACAUGACAGUCAUCCUGAGGACUGACUUUUUCAGUUGGGUCACACUUGGUUUAUAUUAGCAUAAUGUUCAGCAACAUUUACCUGUAAUAUUGUAACUGUGUAAAAAUGUGUUUUGUAUUGUAGUUGUUUUCUGUACUAAAAUAAAGGUAAAAAAAAAAGUU